AUGCCAGAACCACAAAGAAAGAAGAUGAAGAAGUCAAAAGACGAGAAAAAGCUGAUUGUUAUACUUGAAGAUUGUCCGUUGGAAACAGCACAAGUAAGGUAUUUGUUUGUUUGUGAAUUCUUAGUUUAGGUUGGAAAAGAGUAUCAGUUACUGAGAAGUGACAAACAUGUUAACUUCAUAAUGAAACACGGGAAAGAUCCAGCUGAUUAUCGUCCAGAUAUUCUGCACCAGGUAUGUUUUGAAGUUUAGAGGUCGGUUAUGUUAGAGUAGACGAAAACUCGAUGGUUUGUAUAAAGAAGGGACUUUGAUACCUCUUUUAAAGUACUAUACGUUUUUAUAAAUAUUAUUUUAGUGUUUACUUAUGCUACUGGACAGUCCAUUGAACAGAACUGGCCUGCUUCAAAUCUACUUCAGAACCAAAAAGAAUGUCCUCGUUGAAGUCUCACCACAAUGUCGGCUACCGAGAACUUUCGAUCGUUUUGCCGGAUUGAUGGGUAAGUAAAAAAUUACUACGAAAACAGAAGCUUUAACAAUCCUUAACUGAUUUCUCAGAUUUUAAAAAUUUAAAAUUUUAGUGCAACUACUCCACAAGAUGCAGAUUCGAGCUGAAGAGAAUUCCACAAAGCUCUUGAGUGUGAUAAAGAAUCCGGUCACUGAUCACUUGCCGGUUGGAAUUCGCAAAUACCUUACAACUUUCAAUACUGAAUUCUUCCGAACACCAAGGGACUUUGCUAGAGAAAUUACGACAGAAAAGCCAAAAGAUCCGAUUUGUGUUGUUAUUGGUGGAAUCGCCAGAGGAUCCGUUAAAACUGAUUACACUGAACAAGAUCUUAAACUUUCGAACUUUCCUUUGAGUGCUGCUCUGACCUGUGCCAAGUUAACAACGGCUUUCGAAGAAAUAUGGAAUGUUGAAGAAGGAGUUUAA